AAUCAGCAAAGGAUUAAAUUAGGUAGGUUCAUCUUUCUGGUUAUUAAUGCUAGCUCUAAAAUGAUUUCUGCUAUAUUGAAUCUGUAGCGAAGCAGAACAGACUCUCUGCUGCCUAUAGACUGCAUAAUUAACAUCAUUAAGAGAGGAUGGAGAAGCUACCAUCACAAGAAGCCACAGCCAAAGUCUCAUCAAUUUUUGUAUAUCCAAUUAAAUCAUGUGGAGGGAUUUCAGUUUCUGAAGCACCUAUCACUCCUACUGGAUUUCGAUGGGACCGACAAUGGAUGGUUAUAAAUGCGAAAGGAAGAGCUUAUACUCAAAGAGUUGAACCAAAGCUUGCUUGUGUUGAGGUACAUCUACCAAAAGAGGCAUUCCAAGAGGGUUGGGAACCUUCCAGCAGCUCUUAUAUGGUAUUAAAAGCACCUGGGAUGGAUGUGCUGGAGAUUUCCUUGAGUACACCACAAGUUAGAGUAAAAGGGGUUAGAGUAUGGGAGUGGACUGGUGAUGCAGUAGAUGAGGGAGAUGAUGCGUCAAAAUGGUUUUCAGAUUAUCUGGGGAAACCUAGUAGUCGACUUGUCCGAUUUAAUUCAGCUUCAGCUACCAGACCUGUGAAAACUUCCUUUUGGUCUCAUAAACCUGUGGAACCUGAAUAUGCUCGGGGGAAGCAAAUAAUGUUCUCUGACCUUUUUCCAUACAUGAUAGCAUCUCAGGCAUCAUUGGAUACACUAAAUGAGCACUUGAAGGACCCUGUACCCAUAAACCGUUUCAGGCCUAACCUUCUUAUUGACGGCUGUGAACCAUUUUCGGAAGAUUUGUGGACAGAUGUCAAAAUAAACAACUUCACAUUUCAAUGCUGCAUGCUGUGCUACCGUUGUAAGAUACCUAAGGUGAAUCAAGAGACUGGCAUUGAAGGAACUGAGCCAAAUGAAACGCUUAAGAAAUUUCGAUCGGAUGCAAUUGUGUAUCCAUCUCGGAAACAGCGGGGAAGGGUCUACUUCGGACAAUAUCUAGUUUGCAAAGACAAUCUCAUUGCCGGCGUGGAGGGAAAUGUCAUAAAGGUUGGAGAUCAUCUUCAUGUCCUCAACAUGGUUUCCUCUGCUGAUGAAGUUCCGGAAUAAUUACCUUAUCUUUGCUGUUAUAUGAUUCUAUGAAUUGCUUGUUAAAGAUUAGCCGCCUAGUUAGAUAAGAGUUCCAGGUAUUUCAGAACACACGAGAUAAAUGUAAAUGUUCAAGUAACCUACAUAUCUGUAAGAGAUAUGUUUUGAAAUAUUGGAAAUCCUC